AUGGCUUCAAGCCUCCCCGAGUCGCUCGCGGGAAGUUCCAUCGCGUUCCCCUUAGUACUCUCCCUGCUCGGAGCUCCCCCGCCCUCGCCGUUUCUACGCGAAGAUGGGGAAGACGAGCUGUCGGAAAACCACGAGGCGCUGCUGCCAGGCGCGCAAGCGGCAGCGGCGGCGGCGCAGGGGAUAACGGCGGGGGGAGGGAAUGGCGCGGCAGGGGUAAAAUCGCUUCCCUUCUGCCUCGCGAUCGCUGGCGUUCUGUUCCUCGUCGUAAUUAUCGGGCUCCUCACGUUUGCAGCUCGGUACUACGUGCGGAUACACCUGCGCCGCGCUCGCCGCGUGACGAACGACGCGGAUUCAGCGGCGGUCGCCGGCGCAGUGUGCCUGAGUGAUUUCAACGAGGGCGAGCUGGUUCGGUCCGUGCUGCCGUGCGAGCAUCGGUUCCACGUGGCGUGCAUUGAUCAUUGGCUCGCCUCCAAGACCACGUGCCCCGUGUGCCGAGCGGACCUCAAAUCGCCAGCGCCAGAUGCGGGUGAAGGCGACUCGGAGAUGGCAGUGAAGGUGGAGAGAGGGGACGACGCUGUCUAA